CCUUUACAAGCCACGCGAUCGGCCGAACAUGGUGUUCACCAGCUUCAGUCUUCACAUGAUACCCAUAUUUGUGCUGACGAUCCUACUCGUUCCGUCAACCGUCAACGCCUACGUAUGCGGGCUGACGUCGGGCAGCCGCGUCGUGGGCGGCGUGAAGGCGCCGGCCUACGCCUACCCGUGGUUCGCGGAGCUGCUACUGCGCGGGGAGCCCGACAACGGUGUCUGCGCAGGAGCGCUCAUCUCCCGCCAGCACGUCCUCACCGCCGCUCACUGCUUCGUCGGGAUACUGGAAGGUGUUCCCAACGACAAGAAGUAUAAGGUCGCGCUGGGGAUGUCUAACCAGUGCGUCAACCAGAACACGAGGAAGAUCUACGACGUGGCCCGAGCGGACGUUCACGAGCGCUACACUACGGCAGGGAACGACUACGACAUCGCCCUGCUCACACUCAAGGAGCCCGCGCAUUUCAUGCCGCUCUGUCCUCCGUGGGAAGUGCAGGGAGCUAGCCGGCUGAUGUUGUGGGGCCGGCCGGCCGACGCGCCGAAGCCGCUGGUGCUGCCCGACGACGGCGGGCGCACCGGCCUGGUGGCCGGCAUGGGCACGACGCGGCCCGGCGUGUCCAGCAGCACGCCCUGCGAGAUCCGGCACGCGCUCGUCACCGUCCUCACGCGCCGCGAGUGCCUCAACACGCGCCUGCCGCGCGUCGAGGCCAUGCAGCCCGGCAUCAUCUGCGCCGGAGAGCUGGCCGGCGGCGUCGAUACCUGCCAGGGAGACAGUGGUGGUGCGAUGAUGACGAAGUCUGGCCGCCAGUACGUCGCCACAGGCAUUGUGUCGUACGGCUACGGCUGUGGGCAGCGCAACAUGCCCGGCGUGUACACGAACGUGUCGUACUACAAGGACUGGAUCGUGAAGCACAUGGGCUCCGGCUACCAGCAGCGCCUGCGCUCCAGGACCGGCGCCGCUAGGCGGGCUGGCCAGAGAAGGGGCGGCGCCGCUGCGAACGCCGACUGAACCUCGUUCCACGGCGGUCACCACUGCUGCCCGAAGGCGCGCCUCCACGCUAAUCCUCGUGACCACUCACCGCGAAAUUAUCUGGGCUUCCAUAGCCGCGAUUAAGUGCAUAAUGAAUGUGCCUCCCAAAUGAACGUUCUAUCGCUGUUCCUUUGUUUGAGUUCCUCGGUACGUAGAUAAUGAGAUGCUUUUCACACUUAUUAACGCCAUUCCGUGUUUCCGGUAUUUCAGUAAAUAGCACUUGGUUCCACACAAAUUAAAUUAAAUAGUAUAUUUCACGUAGACCCGAGUAAUAAAAUUUAAAAAAAAAAAUUGUAGUCUUCUUUUGAAAAACCAAUUUAGUAGCCGAGAUAUCUAUGUUGACACACUAACUGUAGUACUAGUUUCGCCAUAUCUGUUGCCUUCCUCAGUUCUAUAAAAAAAGAAAAUAUUUCGACGUUGUAGUUUACAGCAUGCACUAUACCUAUUUCAUGUUAUAUUUCUUCUAUUAAUUCCAACGUUAAACAGAAUGUGACGCUCUUGCAGUAGUUGUCUGUAACUGAUGUUAGGUAGAGAGCCUGUAUAGGGAGAGAGUGGCCAUUGGUGAAGCUGCCCGUGAUUGGUUGAUUAGCUUCGGCGCCAUUUUUCUGCCAAACGUCUCUCGCGCUUCCUAUGUUCGCCAUGCUUUUGAGCUGAAUUGAAGUUCAUAGGACUUUUGGAAACGAUUAAGAAGUAUUUGAUUUAUUGAGAGACUUGUUAUUCGUUGUGCAUGCAUGUUCGAUUUAGUUGUAUAUCGUUUUUAGUACGUAAUUAGCGUUUGCGUGCAUAGUGGUAGCAUCACAAGCUUUUCUGAAGCCAAUAUCUGACAGUCCUUGCUGGAAACGGAAAGUUCCUGUAAUUGUUGUGCCAUGCUCAUUCGACUUUAUAGCGUCAAACUGUAUUUCGUUGCGAAUCAGAACACUAGGCAUUAUUUAGGUUUCAGUAUUAUUUCCUGACUGUUUACGCAGCCAAGUGCUAGGCACGUUUUCCGCAGUUGUGGUUGCUGAAACAUUAUUCGUAGUAGAUGAUAAUUGUAGGUACUCUUGAAUACAGUUUUUAAUAGGCCUACUUACUGUGGGGUAGAAGGGAUACGGUAGUUUCCUUGUUAUAUUUGAUCGAUAUUAUAGUAGCCUACAUUUAAUAUUACCUGAUUUUUGUAAUCUUUUUCGUUUGUUAUUUACGAGAGGUUUUCCAGUUGUUUAUUUGUGACAUGCAAAAAGUUUGAAGACGUGACAAGAAGUACUAAUACGCCUCAAACUUUUUGCGAUGUCACAAGUAAACAACUGCUUACGACUUUCAUUCAUCUGACGUAAUACAGCUACGUUAAAUCUUUAGCGUUAUGCACUUCCGAUACAAAACAAAUGCUAUACACUAUACUUUAUUUAUUUACGUUACUUUCAUUGCAAUAUGUCAAGUAAACGAACUUCAAAGGAGAUAAAUGCAAGUAACGAAUAAUUUUUACAGCCACUGUAUCCAAUUUUCCUGUGCUGUACGUAGUAGGCUACUAUGAGUAUAUUAUAGCUGUAAAGAAAGGCACUUAACGAAUGAUUACGCGAUAUUGUCUUGUGCUUUUGAUUCGGUGAGUGUGUACUCCACUAUUCCACUAGUGGCCAUUCAAAAGUCUCGCCCGCAGUUUGGCAGAAAAAUGGCCGCCGCAUCGUCUGGUUGGCCACCCUCUCCCUAUACAGGCUCUCUAUUGUUAGGCAGUGCAGACAGCCAUCUCGUGGUACCUUUGAGUACCAAAUCCUGACAGUUGCAGUGGACUGUGCGCGGAAGCUUCUCGGGCUGACCUCAACCAAUAGCGUAACGCGAUUUUGUAAACAUCACUAUCGCAACGCCUCAGUGUUGUCACAGCUCUGUAGGCGGCUAAUGUUUUCGCCUGCAGCCGUUAGCGCUUCGCAGUUGAAAGCUGGCAACAGUGCUGUGAGCUGUCAUUGAUCUUCUUACACCACCUCGACUAUAGCUUCCAUUAUACUCCAAAUGCAGUUGUCAGUCGCUCCGUCGCAGUCAACACGGCUUUAGACCACAAAGUGGCAAGAUGUGCCAUGUACCUGUCUUGCUGGCGCCAUGCACACUCAACGUUGUACACACUUUAUGACGGGACACCUAGCAUGUCAUUCUAGCGCCUCGACUUCUUUAUGGCAUGCUUUUACUUAAAAAAUUUUUGCUUGUUAGAGAUAUUCAUCAUUAUAUGUUGACGUUGGAUUAUAUCCGGCCAUAUGAACAGAAUUUUAUGAGGGUUGUUAUUUUACGCCAUAUUGUAUAUUUCUCAUGUGGCAGACUGGUGUAAGGAUUGUACAGGGUGUGAUACAAAAGUUUCAAUACUUAACUCAGAACUAGAAAUUCAUUGGACAUUUAAGUACAGCGGACUAAAAUUCUUCAAAAUAUGAUGCUUCAGCUUCAACACAGCGCUGCCAGCGCGUCUUCCACUGUUUGUAUCCCUUCUGGAAGGCCUCGGGUGUCAUGCUGUGAAGGGCUCUCAUUGAAGCCUGCUGGAUGGUGUCGAUGGAGUCGAAUCGCUUCCCUACUAAGCCUGUCUUGAUUCAGGGGAAGAGGAAAAAGUUACUUGGAGCCAAGUCAGAGCUGUAGGGUGGCUGCGGCAGUGUUGUCACGUUGUCAAAACUUCGGCGGCGGCGUGCGACGUGUGAGCGGGCGCGUUGUCGUGGUGGAGAAUCCAAUCACCCUUGAUCGCCGGGCAGACGCGGCGAACUCGAUCCCUCAAGCGGCAGAGCACUCGCACUAAGACAACGGUCAUUGUUUGCAAGUUCCUGCACUCUCUCCACAUUUUGAUCCGUUUCCUUCCUUAAAGGCCUCUUGAAUCAUACCAAGAAUCUCCGCGCUGGUUUUGUCCAGUCGCACGCAAAACUUAAUCGCAUAACGCUGCUCCAAGUGCUACUCCAUUUCUGACUCUUCUACUUUUCGACCGAGCUCAAUGAUACGCACUCACGCUGCAAGCGAUGCACACUCUCUAGAGUUCUGGAGGUAACUGCCACAGUGUCAGUUCGUUCCCUGACACCCCCACUACUUCCCCCACCCAGCGGAACCGGUCCGCGUGCGCUCCCCUACUCAAAAAUGAAUCAGUCUUGAAACUUCUGAAUCACACCUUGUAUGAUGUAAGUACCACUGUCUGCGCUCAUGGUUACGUAAUUUUUGUCAUUGAACCAUUGCAAUGCCCUACUACACUUUUAAUUUUUUGAGUGUAAUCCUGUAAACUCGACAAAAUGUUCAAAUGUGUGUGAAUUCCUAAGGGACCAAAGUGCUGAGGUCAUCGGUCCCUGCACUUACGCACUACUUAAACUAACUAAACCUAAGAACAACACACACACACACCCAUGCCCAAGGGAGGACUCAAACCUCCAGCAGGAGAGACCAUAAUCUCGACAUAUUUUUUUAUAGAUCUGAGGAUGGCAAUACAUAUUAGCAAAAUUAGUAAUCCAGUAUUGAUAUUAACAUAGCGAUCCUGCCACAUAAAUUGGUUUUCAAAAGAAGAGUACAAUAGAAAAUUCUAGAUCGCCUCCUGAGCUAAAUACCGAUGUCAAGUGACCACAAAAAUUUUGAUGUGAUUCUUCAGUUUAUCCCGGCGUAUUUGUUGCUCGAACAGUCCACGGGUAUAUUGCCGGUUCAUAGUGUCCAACGGGCACAAUAUUUCGGCGAAAUAUUGUGCCCGUUGGAUACUAUGACCCGGCAGUAUACCCGUGGACUGUUCGAGCCACAAAAAAUUUGUUCACUUGAUAUAAAAACUUCACGAAAGCUAAAUUCUGCAUUACAUUACCAAUUUUUUUAGUUGGCCUCCGGAGUUUGUACUCUGUUUAGCCAUACAAAACACAUGGUUGCGUGGAACACACAAUUUUACAGAGAAAAUGAAUCCAUAUUUACAGAAUUUAAAGCUCAGCCGCCACAAUUCUUUUUUUCCAGAACAAAAUUUUAAUUGAUAACAUGACAAGUAGACAUUAUUGUAUUAUCAACUGACGAUAUUUCUUAAAUUUAAUCGUAAGCGAUAAAUAUUGUUGUCUUUCUACAAUAAUUUUUACACAGUCUGAUGCAGGUUAUCUAACUGUGUAUAUAAUUGAAAAUGCAACUAUGAAAAAAUCUUUAACUUCUGCGAAAUAUCGUGACUGAUUAUGAAAUAAAAUUGUUAGUGAAAGCCACGUCCUUUGCUCCACAAU